AUGUUCAUUUACCUUCUGAGUAGCAAGGACGGGGAGGAGACCAAGAGACUCAGGGACCCGAACUGCGCCAAGCGCACCCAUCCCACCCGCUCCCCUGUCCUGGACGGUGUCUGCCGGCUCGGCUCGAGCAGGUUCUGUCCCUCCCUUCCGUCCAGCCUAAACGCCCCAGCAGGACGCCCUGCGCCCCGUGUCUGGCCAGGCUCCACUAACAAUCUCUUGGAAGAGGAAAUCUUCAAGUACAUGACCCAGAGGCGGAGGAGGCUUUCGCCCUCUAACUCCUCUGACUCCUCCUAUGGGUUCUCCAUCUUGGAUUCAGCACUCGAGGGCUCAUCGGAUAUGUACAAUCUGCCCAAGAAAGAGGACACCUUACUUUAUCACAGCAAGGGCUGUAAUGAGGAGUACUAUGAGGAGAGUUACCUGACCGCCAGGACUUCAGGGGAGGCUGAUUCUGUGGGUACGACCAAGGGCUUCCACCAACCGGUGUCUUCGCUCUCAGUUGCUAACACCUUCCAACACCAGAUUCGAGAUGACAGUCUUUUUUCUUCUUCCAAAAAGGACAGCAAGGAUAUUGCUCCCCUCUUUUACCUCAGGGAACACCCCAUGUAAGGCUUGCGUAGUUCCUACCAGAGCGUCGCACACUACCGCCUCAUUUCCAGCAUCUCCAAAAGCUCCCAGGACCUGUCCUAUUAUCCUACAUCUUCAUCCUCCUCUACUUUAUCUUCAUCUUCAAGUCCGUGCCCUUCAUGUCUCACCCGAUACACCAUCCAGCCAGGAAAGCAGUCCCUUAGGAUCCCACUCUGGGGCCAGCUGCUGCUUUUCCUGCUCUUAGUUGCCUUGCUGCUCUUUGUUUACUACUACUAG